AAGUGUAAACCGUUAUUUUGUGAAUUUUUUGAUGAUUAUCUGUAGAAAUUCAUCGUUUAUCUGUUAUCAGUUUGCUACUGAAACAUGAGUGAUCAAUCGGGUAUCGGUAGCAGAGAGCUCUCCGAUGCGGAUCGCCGUCGUAUCGAGGCCAAUCGGUUGCAUGCCCUGAACCUUCGCCAAGCGCGCCUAACCGCUCAUCCUUAUGGCGGCGGCAGCAACAACACCGAUAAGAAACGACCUCAGGAAACGGCCAUUGCCGUGGGAAACGUAAUUAAAGUAUCCGGGAGCAAGUUUAUCGACAGUGGAGGCGGUUUCCUGAUUGAACAGCGAACUUGCGUAGAUCCGAAGGAGGAAGAGCAGCCGGUUGACGAGAAGGAAGUGGAAAAGGAUUCCGUCCCGGUGCCGAUCGAGUUCUACGAAUGCCUGGACUGUGCGGAUCGUUUUGCGGAUUCCUAUCUCUUGGCCACGUUUGACUAUAAGGUUUGCGAUGCUUGUCGAGAUUCGGAUGAAAAGCAUUCGCUGAUUACCCGGACGGAAGCCAAGCAGGAGUAUUUGCUGAAGGAUUGCGACCUGGACAAACGGCAACCGAUGUUGAAGUUCAUCAGUAGGAAGAAUCCGCACAACGAGCGAUGGGGAGAGAUGAAGCUGUACUUGCACAUUCAGGUGGAGCAAAGGGCGCUUGAGGUUUGGGGAUCGGAGGAUAAUUUAAUCAAGGAGAAGGAGCUGAGGGACGAAAAGCGGGAGAUCACGAAGGUGAAAAAGUACAACAAGCGCCUGAAAGUGCUGCGGAUGGAUGUUCGGAGCAGUUUGUACGAUAAGACAACGCACGCACAUCAGCACAGCUGGGAUGACAGCGAGGUGUACAAUGAAGAGGAGGAUAGCUAUACAAGGACGUGCGAAACCUGCGGUCACAAGGAAACCUACGAAAAGAUGUGAUCUUUGUGUAC